CGGUUUGUGUUGUUGACGAACUAGAUUGUUCUCGGUGUGUCGAAUUACAACACAGGGUAGAUAGAAUUCCGCAUUUAUGGUAUUGAAAAGGAACAAAUUCAUAAAGCAUGAAAAAUCACUGAGCCAAGGCCAGAAAUGGUGAUAUAGAAAGAUACAAGGGUGUGUGCCCAUUUAACAAGGAUGGAUCACUAUAGACGAGAUAAUCGCAGACCUAGCGACGACCUGCGACCAUCGCAAAGUGCAAGUCCAGAUGAAAAUUUUGCUCACUGGGCAGAGCCUAUUGUUGCUUGCGUAAGAAAUUUUAAAGGUGGCACAUUGAUUGUGAAUAGCGCACCAUUUAGAGACGCGCUCUUGGAGGCCGAGAGAAAUUGGGUAGAAGAAAACAUAGACUAUAAAACAGAAGAGGAAAAGCCCCAAAACACAAAUAAAGGGGAUCAGUCAAGGGAGGAACUUAUUUCUGAAUUAAAAUCAGAAGUAGAAAGACUUAGGUUGGCCAACCUUGACCUUGAAAAAGAGAGGACGGCGAGAGGGCUACCUGUACUUCACCCGAUAGAGAUCACUACUGCUAGACCCGAAAAUGUAGCUGAAUUAUUAUCAGAAAUAUACAACACAGAGUGGCAGCCUGCCUUUGAAUUCUUCAUUUACAAGAAAAAACUCAGAGAAAGAGAGGCCACAGAGGAACUGCUUAAAAUUCUUCAGGAUUGUUUUGAAUUCUGUGAAAACCUGUCUAGAGAACAUCUUAGAGAUCUAACCGACACCUUGUUUGUUCCUACUUCAAACCAACAUCUACUGAAAAAGAUUCGUAUACCCCAGUCUACGGAACAAACUGACCAACAAGUAUCGUUAGAACUCUCUAGACUCAGGAGAUCAGUAAACCCUCAGAUAGUUCCAGUAAUUGAACAGUUGUUUUUCUUAACGGAAAAACCACAUCUGAAGGCCCAUUUAAAGGCGGUCAAAGUGCAUCCUUUCAUCAAACUUUGUCUGAAGUGCGCGUGGAUUUCUGCCAUACAGGACAGACCAUUAUCAGUAACUUUCAAAGUGAGGCCAGGUUCACCAUUUUCUUCCGAUAUAAUGAUUUCUCGGAAUGCCCCAGCCCCAGAUGUGGACUAUUUAGUGUGGCCAAUUGUGUUCUUGUAUGACAGAGGACCGAUCUUGCUUAAAGGGAUCGUCCAUUGCUCUCAAAAAAGAUGAAUUAUAGUUCAAUUGAAA